UUUCAUCUAAAAUAAUACUAAUUACUUAUUGCUGUAUAUAUUUAAAAUCAGUAACUAUGGUUUUAAUAAGGUUCCCAACUUAAAUUUGAUAUGAAAUUAAAAUUUUAUAGUCCUAAUCAAAUAUGGUUCAUCAUUUUGAGCCUUACCCUGGAUUUUUGUCAGGGAUCCAAAGAUGCCAGCUAUUAUUAUGCAAUUGAAAAAGGAGACUAUCCUUUUCUUGUAUUACUUAAAGUGAAGACGUCGAGUGACGGAGUGCAGUUCGGGAACGGUUGCCUUAUGUCACUGUCCUGGGUACUGUCACUAUCCUGCUUGCUCUACAAGGCAACCAAGGAGCCGCCUACUCCUGAUGCCGAGGUUUCGGUGUUCGCAGGACUCGUCUCCAUGAAAGACACCGGUUCUGCUCCUUCUCGAAGAGCCAUACGUAUCGUUCCGGACGAAUUGGUCAGUAGUAACCAAUGUAAGAACGGGCCGUGCCUCGUGCUUCUCCAGCUGGAGUCAGCGUUCCUGGAGAACAACUGGAUCCGACCUGCUGCUCUCAACAGUGGCAUGCUCAGUGCCGAGUCCCAACUGGUCGGCUGGGCGUGGGACCUAGAUGUAAAAAAUAAUUUUUCACGAGCUGUAUCUUUGAAGGUGGCGUCUUUAUCUACAGCGAAGUGCCAUGACAAGUACAAAGUGGUGCACUGUAAGAGGGAAAUGUGCGCCUAUGAGACUGACGAACUACCCCUGACAGUGAGAGAGGGCGCGCUGCUGGUAGACAACGGAUACCUGACUGCCCUUAAGUACGAGGACACUAACGUCUUAUCUCCAAAGUCCACAUUCAUCAUCAUUACUAUCAGAUUAUACUGGUUCAUCAGCUGGAUUCAAUACUAUGUCGUCGACGACAUACCGAAAACGUCUUUCAUUGAGACGAAUAACACUGAAGAUGACCUGUUUCAUCCUCCACGGUUUAAUAAACGUUCAAAAUCGCUGAACGCAUCUGUCAAGCUGAAUGCCUACCUGGCCUACACUGUGACAGUUGUCAUCAUUCAAUUGAUGCAGCAGUGGACAUCAGCAGCAAUGUUACAACACUUAGUUUGGCACCAUUAAAAUUAU